AUAAUAAAAUAGUAAACAACAAUAAAAGGAUAAAUAAUCAAAGAGUUGACAAUGAAAGAAUAGAUGAUAAUGAAUAUGUAGAUGAUAUUAAAGGGAUGAUUUAUAGAAGAGUAGAUAUUGAAAGAGUAGACAAUGAAAGGGUUAAUAAUAAAAGAGUGGAUGAUAGAAGAGCGAAUGAUAAAAGGAUUAAUAAUAACAAGAGGAUGGAUAGUAAAAAGAUAGAUAAUAAAGAUAUGAAUGAUAAAAGGAUAAAUGCAGAUGAAAAUGUUGACGAGAGGAUAGUGUACAAAAGAGUGAAUAAAAAAAUGAAGAAAGCAAUGAGGAUAGAAUUAUCUGAGGAAGAUAAUCAUGAAAUUCGACCAACUAAAAGGUAUAAAUUGUCUACUACUUCUUCUUUAGAUAAAUGUCCAGAAUCUACUCUUCAAGACAAAACCAAUGUUAAACAAAUAUUAGUACAUAAACUAUAUUUAAGUAUAGCUUCAAAGCCACUUGAACAAUAUCACGAUGAUAUGAAAUUGCAGCUUAAUAAAUGUAAUAAAAGAUUAUUUGAUAAUUACAACGUUGGAAGUUUGGUACACCUCAAAAUUCCUGAAAUUGAUAGAACUCAUAGUGACUAG